AUGAAAAGCAUCCACAGCGGCGGCCGCAUCGCUGCCACGACAUGCGUGCAUGUAGAGGUGAAGGGCUCACUGGACAUUCCGCUCAACCUGGGCCUGCUCGCAGACCUGGGGGACCCGAUGAUGGAGCAGGAGAUCAUUAAGGAGGCCGUGCGUAUCGCCGUGAGCGAGCGACUCGGUUACUUUGGCGGUGUUGAGGUGCAGCUGAGCUCCAGUGGCGGACUUGAAGGUUGCAGAGAGGUCACUUUACCGAAGGCGAUGCCGAAGGAGGCUCAGAUCCAGCACCAGGAAGAGGCCAUAGUAUCGUCACACAGCCACGACAUCAACAAGGACUGCCGUAGGCGCUAUUGCGAGGCGAGCGUGAACCUGGAUGAAUUGGGCCGCUGUGUCGAGUCGAUUCAGAAGGCGUACGAGGGUCUCCUGGCGCACGCACAACUCCUGCACGAACUGCUGAAUGCGGACACCGCGGGAUCAACAGCAGGAGCGGCAGCCGUGACUGCCUCACCGACACUGUCGUCAUCCGCAGUGACGGAACUGGCUUCUGCGACCACGCCGCAGUCCCAACAGCUAAAUGAAGUCGAUGCGCAUGCAGAUGCUCUCAAGCUUCUCGCUGCAGUCCGUCAGCUGGUGGUCGACAUGGUAGCCGAGCACCGCCCUGACGUUAUCGCCGAGGCCGUAGCCUUGAAAAAUGGCGCCUCUUCUCAGCGACUGGCCUCGCACGAGGCAGACAUGUUAGUCGAGGAGCACGCUGAGACAACAGCGGCAAUACACACAAGACGAUAUGGUAAGUGGUCCUCCCACGGCGACGACAGGAAUGGCGCGGAGGGCCCGGACAAAGAUGACGACCUAGAUGCCGGACUUCGGUUUGGCUUGCUGGCCGGAGGUAACGAGGAUGUGGAGGCGCAGCAGCACCAACAAGCGGAAGACACAGAGGAUGAAGAAGUGCUGCGCGCGCGGUACAUAGAGCUGGGCUACUCCCCGCUGUGA